AUGACGCACCAAAAGAGUCUAGGAAGUAUAACAAACAUAUUGGAUAUUUCGAACUAUGGAUCUUACAUGAAGUUAUUACGUAUUACCGCGUAUGUCAUCCGUUUUAUACGCAACUGUAUACGGGAUAGGAUUUCCAGAAAAAGUGGACCACUGGAGGUAAAUGAAAUUCAAACAGCAGUAAAUACUUGGAUUCUAAAUUGUCAAGAGUCUACGUAUACAGAUGAAAUGUCAUAUCUGAGAGGAGCACAACACAGAAACACAAAUAAAGUACCCAGAGUCCGACAAUUGGGACUUUUCUUAGACGAAACCGGUCUUAUUAGAUGUAACGGGAGAAUACACAACGCACCAAUACCAGAAUCAGCGAAAUUUCCGUACCUUAUACCGGCAAAUCAUCCGUUAACUAGACUAAUUGUAUUGGACACACACGAAAAAUUACUUCAUAGUGGAAUGAAUGCUACAGUCACCAAUAUUAGACAAACGUUUUGGAUACCAACUAUUCGACAGUAUGCAAAGAAAUUACUCCGAAAAUGCGUUAUUUGCCGCAAAGUGAAUGGAAAAUCGUACGUUGCACCAGACCCACCACCUUUACCGAAAAUCAGAUUACAGGAAGCACCCCCCUUUACAGUCACAGGAGUGGACUUUACAGGAGCAUUACUUGUAAGAGACGAAAAUAGAAUUUUAACAAAAGCAUAUAUAUGCCUGUUUACCUGCGCUUCUACCAGAGCCGUUCAUCUAGAGGUGGUACCGAACCUAACCGAACAUUCGUUUGUUCAAGCUUUUAGGCGUUUCGUAAGCCGCAAAUCAAUACCCAAGACACUUAUAUCAGAUAAUGCAACUACAUUCAUUGCAGGAGCAGAGGAACUAAAAAGAUUAUGUGAAUCGGCAACACUAAAAGAAACGGUGUGUACACGAGGAAUAGAAUGGAAGUUCAUACCAAAACGCGCACUUUGGUAUGGUGGAUUCUGGGAGAGACUUAUUGCACUAACAAAGACAAGCUUGAAAAAGACACUUGGACAAACUCAAGUUAGUAUGGAAACUCUACAGACUGUCGUGACAGAAAUAGAAAGAAUUUUAAAUGACAGGCCACUUACAUAUCUUUCAUCAGAUAUCCGAGAUUGCAAGACGUUAACCCCCGCUCAUCUUUUGUAUGGUAGAAGAAUAUCAACGCUGCCAUAUCCGCAAAUAGGCAUAGAGGAAUUCAACGAUCCAACCUAUAUGAAUCACAAAGAACUCAAUAAAUGUGCUCAAAGACAAACUUUUUAA